UGUCCGCCGCCCGCGCUCGAGUCCUCCGUCCGCAGCCGGAGCCGCACCCGCCGCGGUCGGAGCCCAUGCCCCGGGGGAGUCGCGCGCCCCGGCCCCCGCCCCGGCCCCGGCCCCGGCCCCGGCCCCGGCGGCAGUCGCGCCUGUGAGCGGUGGGACAGGAGGCCACCGGGCGUGGCGAGCCGCGGCCCCGGGGACGAUGACCGAGUACAAGCUGGUGGUGGUGGGCGCCGGGGGCGUGGGGAAGAGCGCCCUCACCAUCCAGCUCAUCCAGAACCACUUCGUGGACGAGUAUGACCCCACCAUCGAGGACUCCUACCGGAAGCAGGUGGUCAUUGACGGGGAGACGUGCCUGCUGGACAUCCUGGACACGGCGGGCCAGGAGGAGUACAGCGCCAUGCGGGACCAGUACAUGCGCACCGGGGAGGGCUUCCUCUGUGUGUUCGCCAUCAACAACACCAAGUCCUUCGAGGACAUCCACCAGUACCGAGAGCAGAUCAAGCGGGUGAAGGACUCGGACGACGUGCCCAUGGUGCUGGUGGGGAACAAGUGUGACCUUGCCGCGCGGACCGUGGAGUCUCGGCAGGCUCAGGACCUCGCCCGCAGCUACGGCAUCCCCUACAUCGAGACUUCCGCCAAGACGCGCCAGGGCGUGGAGGACGCCUUCUACACGCUGGUGCGCGAGAUCCGGCAGCACAAGGUGCCCAAGCCCAGCCCGCCGGACGAGGGCGGCCCCGGCUGCAUGAGCUGCAAGUGCCUGCUCUCCUGACGCCCGCGGCCGGUGCACCCGCACAGGAGCCCCGAGGGGCCGGCCUGGGCGAGGGGAAAGAAGGAAGUGCUGCCAGACCUGGCCAUCCCGGGCUGGGCACAGUGACCGGACCUCCCAGGACGCUUUGCACAGACUGGAGAACUGAGGCCGCUGGCCCCAGCCGCCCGGCCCGGCCCCUGGGCACAGGCUCAGUUGCAGUAAAUUAUUUGAUGGUCUCGACCCUGUCGUCCGGCCAGCU